AAAAUCUGGAGGACAGAUAAAAUGACGAUGGUGACCAGAAGAAGAAGAAGCCAGAGGAUCUAGGGCUUCACAAUCUGCUUCCAUCUCUUUCUUCUCCCUCUAUUUUGCCAUCUCGACGGAUUUAGCAUGCAGCUUCAUAAAUUCGUCAUCUUUUCUUCUUAAUUUCCCUCUCACAUCCUCGAUUUGUCAAAAGUUUUCCUGAGAAAUUAGGGUUUCUCGAUAGCUUUGGAUGAGAGAAUGAUGAUGAUGAUGAUGAUUGUUUCAAUCUAAAGAGUUGAAUAAAUUUAUUGGGGAUUUUUAAAAAGGGGCAAAUUUGGACCUUGCUCCUGGGCUAAAAAGAAUAUAUAUUUUUAGAUUGAAAAAGAAGUGAACUAUGAGGGCAUUGCACAAAAGGGUAUCCUGGCCUCCAGAUUUUAAACUUUGUCAGGGGGCUAAUCCUCAGAUACACAUCCAGUUUCAUCAUGGGAUGGUCAGCCUUAAACAUCUUUACUCAUGACUUCAAUGUAGUCAAGUAGUUCAGUGAUGGGGUUUCCAAGAGAAUGAACCAAGAAAAAUCUUCAACAAAGUAUUCGGCAUGGUGAAACGUUAUCCACUUAACAGAGAUUCAAAUGCUGUCAUUUGCAACGUGUUUGCUGAUGGAAAAUACUUUGGUAAGAUAGCUAGGGGAUGGAUUCGUUGUCCAGCGGAGGAGGAAGAGGAUGUUACAGAGAGGAAUAUCACCGUUUUCCAAGUUAUUUCAUGUACGGCUGUUCAUAUCAGAGGAUUCACCUUCACAAGUUGGAUCAGAGUCUCAAGAUCACCUGCAAGCGAAGUCAUCUUUAGCUUCACAUCCGGGUGAUGAUAAUCUACCACCUGGUUUUGGUGGACCUCUUUCUGCCAAUGAGCCACAGAUUAGGUUAUCAGACAUAGCAGUAAUAAAGUGGAAAUGCUCUGUCCGGAUUUUGCUAGAUGAGGAAUGGAGAGUGAUUGCAGGGGACGAAAGCAAAGAAGUGGAAGCACAAAAUCAGAGGGAAUUGAGAGUUCUUGAAGCAUUCUAUCCUGGCGCAUCAUCUAUUCCUCUAAACCCUUCGGUGCCAGCCGAUGUUGAGAACUCACAUUAUGAUGAUCAGCAAACCAUUGUCAUACCAAUUCUACCUGUAGAAGAUGAUGACAUAGCGAUGGAUUCAGCAUCUGAUCUCCCAACCCAAUCUGGCACGAGUGUGGGAACAGCGCCAUCAAUACCCAAUCAGAACACAUCAACUUCUUCAAUCCUCCCUUCAGGGUCAGAUAUAAUGGCUGCAUUAUCUGCAAUCUCAAACAGCAAAGAACAAGGCAGCAGCAUGAUUGACCAAGAUUUGCUUAUUAAGAUCCUAAGCAACCCUAAGCUGGUCGAGAAUCUUGUUGCAAAUAGUGGCAGUGCAGGUUCAAUCUCCUCCAACGCAAGUGGCCUCUACCCAUCUUCAACCCAUGAAGCCAAUGGAGCAGUUACCACAACACCUGCCUCCAAUGGACACUUUUACCCUCAGCCAGUGGUAACACAAUGUCCUCCCAUGGUGUAUCCUCCUCCAGCUCCGUCAGACCAGCAUAAUUAUGGAGCACCACCAGCAAGAGAUGCUAGUUAUUACAAGAACCUGAUUCAGCAACAUGGCGGGGAAAGACAAGAGACGCCACCAGUUCAACCACAUCUCGGUUUUCGUUACAACCUCCCACCUGGAGGACCUAACCAAGAGAUGAUAAAUAGCAAUAAUAAUAACCAGAGGCCAAGGGAUUCAAAACCCAAGAUAAUGAAGCCUUGCAUGUACUUCAACAGCACGAGGGGUUGUCGCCAUGGAUCCAAUUGUUUAUACCAGCACGAUGCUACACCGUACCAGCCAAGGAAUCUAAACAAUGGUAAUAUCAACACUUCUGAGAUGCAGAGUGCUAAAAGAAUGAGAUUUGACAGAGACUGAUGCAGAAUUAGCAUACCACACAUGCUUUUUGCCUCUUGGUGUGAUGUUGUUAGCAGCAGAGCAGAUUUUCUCUUUUCUCUUGCCUGGCUUUGUUGCUUUAUAUAAGUUUUAUAUACUUUGGAAAUCAUUUCUUAGUUUUAUGCUACAAAUGUAGAAUUAAUCAGCGAGUAUCAUUUUGCUCACCAUCACAGUAGUAAUUAUACUAUCCCUAGUUUUUUCUUGAGAUGAUUUUCGACUCAUUUA